AUGGUCCCAAAUGAAAUCCUUCAGUACAUGGGGAUUAUCAGCUUGCUUAAGUAUUUUGGAUGGACAUGGAUUGGGCUUUUUGCUGCAGAUGAUGAGAGCGGGGACCGUUUCUUGCACUCCUUGGAUCAGCUGUUUUCUAAGAAUGGAAUCUGUUCAGCCUUUGUAGAAAAAAUCCCUAACCAGCACAACGCAUAUAAUCUUGAUGGGGUGAAUAGUGUUGUCUCAAAUAUUUACCAAGUUUUUACGGAGAGCAAAGGUAAUGUUUUUGUCAUCUAUGGGGAACCUUUGACCAUUCUGUGGCUGAAUACAUAUGUGUUCUUAGGUUUCCCUGGAUAUAAAGAAAACGCAUCAUUUGGUAAAGUAUGGAUUAUGACUGCCCAGCUUGAUUUUACAUUAACUGGUCUCCAGAAUGGCUGGGAUUUCCAACUCUUCCAAGGUGCCUUUUCUUUCACUAUUCACUCAAAUGUGAUUGAAAAUUUCCAGAAAUUUGUUCAAACCAUAAAACCUGGCUGGAAUCAAGGAGACGGAUUUCUCAAGGACUUUUGGGAGCAAGCGUUUAACUGUAUGUUUGUAGAUCCCCAAAAUACAAUAAGGAACAAUGACACGUGCACUGGGGACAAAAUGCUGAAGGACCUUCCUGGAACUCUUUUUGAAAUACACAUGACUGGGCACAGUUACAACAUCUAUAAUGCAGUCUAUGCUAUAGCACAUGCUUCGCAUGACAUCAACCAACUGAGAUCAAAAUUCAAAGCAGUGGCAGGAGGCAAAAAGCUUGAACAUCAAGAUGUCCAACCAUGGAAGUUCAAUCAAUUUCUUCAAGAAAUUUCAUUUAAUAACUCAGUUGGAGAAACAGUUUCCUUUAAUAAUCAGAGGGAAAUAGUAGGCAGUGGAUUUGACAUCAUGAAUAUGAUCACUUUUCCAAACACCUCUUUCCAAAGAGUGAAAGUUGGAAGGGUGGACCAGGAUGUUCUUGAAGGAAAAGAAUUUAUCAUCAACGAGGAUAUAAUUGUGUGGCACACUGAUUUUAAACAGAUGACACCAGUGUCUGCCUGUAACAGUGAUUGCUUCCCUAGUUAUCAGAAGAAAAAAAAGGAAGGGGAAAAAUUUUGCUGUUUUGAGUGUGUUCUCUGUCCAGAUGGGAAGAUUUCAACACAGAAAAAUGUGGAUGACUGCUUCAAAUGCCCAGAAGGUCAAUAUCCAACCCAGAACCGAAAUCAAUGCAUCCCCAAAAGUAUUAGCUUUCUGUCAUAUGAAGAACCUUUAGGAAUUGGUUUAGCCUCAGUUGCUGGUUCUUCUUCCCUGAUUAUAGCUUUUGUGCUAGGAAUUUACAUUAAGCACAAAGAUACUCCCAUUGUCAAAGCCAACAACCAAAAUCUCAGCUUUAUUCUCCUUGCCUCCCUCUUCCUCUGCUUCCUCUCUCCUUUCCUGUUUCUUGGACACCCGGGGAAGGAGACCUGCUUGCUCCGACAAUCUGCUUUUGUCAUCAUCUUCUCUGUAGCUGUUUCUUCUGUGUUGGCCAAAACCAUCACUGUAAUUAUAGCUUUCAUGGCCACCAAACCUGGCUCUGGCAUUAGGAAGUGGAUGGGGAAAAAUCUGCCCAUUUGCAUUCUCCUCUCCUGUUCCUUCAUUCAAGCAGGGAUUUGUAUUGUGUGGCUGGCCACCUUUCCCCCAUUCCCAGAUUUUGAUAUGCAGUCCAUGACUGAAAAUAUCCUGGCACAAUGUAAUGAAGGGUUCAUCAGCAUGUUUUAUCUUGCCCUGGGCUACAUGGGACUUCUCUCCAUCAUCAGCUUCAUUGUGGCUUUCCUUGCCAGAAAGUUGCCAGACACUUUCAAUGAAGCCAAAUUAAUCACCUUCAGCAUGCUGAUGUUUUGCAGUGUUUGGUUGUCUUUUGUCCCAACGUAUCUGAGCACCAAGGGGAAAUAUGUAGUAGCUGUGGAGAUCUUCUCCAUCUUAGCCUCUAGUGCUGGACUCUUGAGUUGUAUCUUCUUCCCAAAAGUCUACAUAAUUCUGUUAAAGCCUGAACUGAAUGUUAGGGAGCAUCUAACAAGGAGAAAAAGAACAUAG